CUCGUUUACCUUUAUGGGAUACAAGAACCUACUCCAACAAUUCCCACCAACACGAAAAUGUCGAAGAUGAUCUCGGAGCAGGAUGACGCUGCUUUCCAUGUUUUCUCAUCAACGAAUGCCAAGUACUCCGAUACACGGAGCUACAAUAAACGAAAGGUUCACGGCAAAACUAAAGCGGGCUGUGUUAAUUGCAAAUUGAAGAGGGUCAAGUGUGAUCAAGUAAAACCUUCGUGCAUUCGUUGUCAACGAAAUUUUAGAUCUUGUUCGUACGAUCGAGCGAGUAUUCAUCCGUCCGCAUCAGUGCAAAGUUCAAGGUCACUUUCUAUACUGAACCAGAUGAGUGAUGUGGUCGUGAUUCCAUUCGAAGUCCUCAAUGCGCAAGAUGGGACGCCAUGUAUCCAUCUUAUCAAGCACAUCCAAAGAAACUGGGAAGACAUAUUUCACAUGUGUCAUUCAGAAGAGAUAAUACGGUUGUUCAAAUCGGAGGUACUCGUGCGCAGUGCAAUUCUCGCCCUCGCCGCAUGUCAUCUGCGCCAUGCCUCACCGGGCGUUAUCCAACACCGAGUCGCCGAGCAUUUUCAACAAAAUGUUGCUCUAGAGCACUAUCAACGGGUGAUUGUCACUCCGAGGUCAGAUUUAAGCUUCGCAGCAGCUAAAACGAUGGUACUUAGCGCUAUAUUACUGAAUAUGCUCACGUUUGCGCUUACACCAGCGGAGUCGGACGAGGUCAGAAACAACGACAAUUCCGCAUCUUGGAUAAUCAACAACGAGGAAAAUGGCCUGGGUUGGCUUGUUAUGCAGGCUAGUCUCCGUGUAAUCAUGAAUUCUUUAAUGUCGAAGAAGGUCGAAAUUCUCCGCUUUCUUGGACCAAUAUUCUCCGAGGACUCUAAAUCGUGGGUGUUUACGCAGAUGCAUCGAGGUUUUGAAGAGAUACCUGGAUCAUGGGUGAAAAUGUUCCAACUGGAAACGCAGGGAGAUGGUUGCGGGCCUGACGAUCUGGUGGGAUCGCCAAUGCGACUCAGCGAUGUUUUUGGCCCUAGUUUGAUUGUAUUGGCACAUCUUAAAGACCUCCAGCCGUAUCCAGUGAACAUCUACAGACAUAUACAGUUCCUUGCAAAAAUCAAUCCUGAAAUCAGGCGACGGAUGCAUAAUAGAGAUGAAAGGGCAUUAUGGAUGUUUGGUUAUUGGCUUGGACUAGUCUGCAAAUUCAGAAAUAUUUGGUGGUGUGAAGAAAGGGCUCGUAGAGACUACGAAACAAUACGCUCAUAUUUGAUUGGAAAACGCUUGAUUGAGCGGGCAGGCGAUGAGGGAGAAGUUUGGAGAAAGAUGAUGGAGCAGUAUGAGACCGCCACUUUUUAGACCUUCGAACUAAUUGCGGCUGUACCUUGAUGUCCGUUUUAUAUGCUAUGGCAAGAGAGCCGGAGGUGGCAUGAUGGAUCAAGUAGUCCCAAA